CCCCCGGUCGCGUUGGUAACGGUAGAUGACGUAUUAUUUGUGAGACACGUUGUGUUUAUGAACACCGGGCGCUGCAGCAGUGGAGAACAUUACGGCGGAGGAUGUCUGUCGCAGCGCUGCGUUGGAUCCGCUGUCGGAGGCUGAGCACGGCGGGGUCACCUGGGGUGAGGAAGGCGCUUCCGUGGAAAGAUUUAAGGAAGGUUGCGAAAGUCACUGGUGCAGUUGUGUUCGGGGGUUAUCUCUUUAUCGCUUAUGAAGUGAAGGCCUUGGACAAGGCUGUGACCAUUGACACUCGUGCUAUUCUUCAGGAGAAGUACAAGUCGUACAUCUACCUGAGAGCCACUCCCUCAGAUGAAAAGGAGAACCUUACUGCAGGACUCACAAACAAAGCAAGGAGGGAACUUCAUAAAGCUGCAAGGAGGUUUCUGGAAAUAUCAUCUAGGCUGUUGCUGCGAUCUCUAGAUGAGCAUUUCAGCCAUGUGGAUGCAGACCCACAUGAGGUGGCAUUAUGGGUUUUACUGAAGAGGACACAGUCAGCCAAUAAAGCCAUCAGACUACAGGCUAUACAGGAGCUCGCAGAAAAUCACCACUGGCAUGACUACCAGUACCAGACAGCAGCCCAAGUUAUAGACCAGCGAACAGCAGUGGGCCUGGCCCGGACUCCUCAGGUAGACCUUCGAUUCUUCCUGCGUUCACCUGCACUGCCUGACCUGGAAGAUGGUUUGUCUGCAGAGGAUGGACUGAGGCAGCUUCUGGGGUCUCUCCCUCUGUCUGAGGUGGACAAAUGUGUUCAGUACUUCACCUCACUGGCCCUCAGAGAGAGCACCCAGUCCUUGGCAGCACAACGGGGUGGUCUGUGGUGUUUUGGAGGCAAUGGGCUGCCUUACGCCCAGAGCCUUACCUCUGUUCCCUCUGAGAAGGUGGAAUCCUUCUGUCUACAGGCACUGGUACAGCACUCAAAGGUCCAGAGCCACUGUGACCACAUAGUUGCCAAUGGGGGUCUGCAGCUCCUCCAGAGGGUUUAUCAGCUCCGCAGAGACUCCCUGAAGAUUCAGAGGAACAUUGUUCGUAUCAUAGGAAAUUUGGCUCUCAAUGAGAGCGUUCACCAGGCCAUAGCCCAGUCUGGCUGGGUAUCUGUCCUGGCUGAGACGAUGCAGUCUCCUCAUGUCAUGCAGGCGUCUCAUGCAGCCCGCGCUCUGGCUAACCUGGAUAGAGAGACGGUGAAAGAAAAAUACCAAGACGGCGUCUAUAUCCUCCACCCGCAAACACGUGGCAACCAGCCAAUCAAAGCGGACGUGCUCUUCAUCCAUGGGAUUCUGGGGGCAGCUUUUAAGACGUGGAGGCAGAAGGACCGAGUUAUGUUAGAGGAAGAGAAGGAGGCAGAAAACAAGGACGACUACACAGAGUGCUGGCCAAAGUCAUGGUUGGCUAAUGACUGUCCAAAUCUGAGAGUACUAUCAGUGGAGUAUGACAGUCACCUCAGUGACUGGAUGGCCAAGUGCCCCGCUGAGAAUCAGAGGAAGUCCUUGGCCUACAGAAGUCAAGAGCUGCUAAAGAAGUUAAAGCUAGCAGGAGUUGGAGAGAGGCCUGUGGUCUGGGUAGCCCACAGUAUGGGAGGACUGCUUGUGAAGAAAAUGCUGCUGGAUGCCUCACAGGACCCAGAUAUGCACGGACUGCUUAAGAACACCAAGGGCAUUAUGUUCUAUAGUGUUCCUCACCACGGCACCUUUAUGGCAGAGUACUCGGUCAAUGUCAGAUAUCUCCUCUUUCCCUCUAUAGAAGUCAGAGAACUCUGUAAAGACUCGCCAGCACUGCGCAACCUCAAUGAGAGCUUCCUGAACAUGGCCAAAGAAAAGGAGUUCAAGGUGCUGAGCUUUGCAGAGACGCUGCCAACAAACAUUGGUCCCAUGAUCAAGAUACUGGUGGUACCAGCACAGUCUGCAAAUCUCGGCAUUGGGGAUCUCAUCGAGGUGGAUGUAGAUCACCUAAACAUCUGCAAACCAGAGAAGAAGGAUUCAUUUCUGUACCAACGCAGUCUCCAGUUCAUCCAGGAAGCACUGCAGAGCUACAUCAGCCACUGACUGAAAUAUAUGAGCACCAACACACUGAUACAACCCACUGUUUACUUGAAAUGGGGAAGAGCACUGUCACCCACCCCAAGCCAAAUGGAAACAUAACUGCCUCUCCUUGUUGUACAUUUACAUAAACAACCACUAAUGUGAUUAUAAUUAGGGGAAUUAAAUGUAUUUACACAUUGAUUUCUGUGAAGAGUUGUCAGUUGUGAUGAAAGAAACCUGGGUGCUUAAUGUGUACUCAUCCCUUUUAGAUUGAUCAGAUGAAUUUUAAAGAUCAAUUAAAGUUUUAAAGAAGAUAAUUUAGACAUUUAAGCUCAGAUUGUGAAAAUGUAUUCUAUAUUUUAUUUUUCCAUUUCAUUUUAAACUUACCAGUUUGACGUGGCACAUAAUGGUCAUACGAUAUUAACUUAAAGAUGCACUGACAUGUCAUUGCCACUCUUGCUCCUCAGUAUUUUCAGCCAGAGCAAUGAUUUACGAUUUUAUUUUUAUAAUGUGUGUAUUUUAUUCCAAUUGCAGUAUGGCACACUGUCUGCCGACACAUAUUCCUUCCUGAACCGUACCUCAGAUGGACCUGUAUUAAUAUUAGUUCAGGUUGCUUUAUUUAUUUGUGUGGGACUAAUAUCAAGCCAUUGGUUUUUUUUUUAAUUUCCAUGUGUUUGUAGUCCAAAUUGCCACUAGCGAUGAAUAAAUGAAGUUGGGAGGCUUUA